UAUGUCAGUUCAGCUGGCUUUCCUCCCAAGCAGAAUUCAAAUAAAGUGACAUAGAUUUGGGGUUUCUAGAUUGAAAUGUAUUUGUCAGGGUUUUCUUGUCUUAUGAAUAGGUCAUACGGUACUGCUACCAUGGCUACUGUGAUAAACAAUAUUUACAUUCAAGGUGGCCAAAUGAAAGAAGGCUCCCUUCAAGGUAAUUUCACUAUUGGAGCUCUGGUUUGUAAAUUCAGCAGGAACAAAAGGCAAAAAGGCCUAAUAAGUUUUGCAUGGAUAGAUUUUCUGUUAUUUUUCAUUGAGGCAGAGAUGCCAAUUUCUUCAGGAGCUGAAGGACAUAUUGGAUUUGGAGUGGACACGUCCAUCCGAUGGUUUCCUAAAGGAGGAAAGAAACUUUAUAUGCCUUUCAAGGUGAAUUCCUAUCUCCAAAGGUAUUUAUACUGCUACUCUGAAGCCCAAAACAGACGUUUUGAUAAACAUUCAAUAAAUUUCCAUUACCCAGGCACACAGUCAUGGCCUAUCCGAAAGAAAUAUUUUUCUAAGGAAAUGUUCAAACCAGAUGAAAAGACAAUCAGGAAAAAUCAGCAAGAAAGGAUAGCAUCCCAAAAUGGAAAUGUUUCAGCUACUACAGUGCUUGCCAGUAAAAGAACUAUAAAGAAAACCCCCAAACAGAAAGCUGAUGCAACCAGAUCUUCUUUUUGCACCCUGCUGUAAAUAUCAAGGAAGCAUAAUUUCAGACACAGACGGGCACAAAGACCUAACUUGUGCCUUUCACCCAUACUGUAGCCUGAUUGACAACCACAGGAUUCCUGAUAAUGGCAUUAAAUAACCCAGAAGUCCAGUUUUUUUUUUCCAGCAGGCCUGAAUUCAUUUGAAUCACCCUAUGUGUAUUUGCCUAGAAGCGUGUCCAGGAUUGCAGUCUUAACUCUAAUUUGCUUCCUAACCAGUAAGUUCCAAAAUGCCAUCUUUUCCUAAUAAGGAAUAUACUGCCACCCCCGUAACGUUUUCAGAGGCAGAGACCAGCAUUGUGCCCUUAAUCCCCAGUGAGAACGCUCCAGAGGUCAGGACUGAGGAAUAAAAUUUUGGAUUUAUAAAAAAAAAAAUCUUUCUCUAAUUAAUAAAUCGCAAUCUGAUUUUGCCACAUUCCCAGCGGAAUCGGCUUUCAGCCUCCGGGAGUCCCCGUGGUUCCUGGCAGCCACUUGGGAAAGCAGCGAAUAAGAACCCUUCAGCCCGGCCCGAUCCGCUCCGGCCCUUCCCGCCAAAUUGCAGAAGGAAAGCCUGAGCGAAGGGGGGGGCAGCGCGCAAAAAGUCACCCUCCCUUCCCAAAGCGCGAAGAGCGAGCCACGUUCGUUAAUUUCCGGCGGGCACUGACGUCACAUUAUAUUCCCGCCCCAUUCUUGCGGAGGCGUUCCCACUCUCGACCCCGCCUCCGAUCCACCAUUGAGGAGGAGCGAGGGACGUUCUGACGUCACCCAAUCCGGUGUGGUGUUUUGUCUGGUGGAAAAAGGUUUGGCGCCUUCUCUCCCCCUCCCCUCCGCAGAACCCCCGCGUGCGCCUGCGCAUGCGCCAGAGACCGAGGUUUCCGGGCCACGGGGAGAGAGCCAAAUGGAGGAGCAAAAAGAGAACAUGCCGCGACGAGAGCACACCGGGGAGGAGAACGCGGAAGCCAGUGCGGCCUCGCCUUUCUGUCAGAGUAAGCAGUGCUGCCAGUUUGAUUUUCAGGAAGAAAAUAAUAAAAAAUCUAAUUCAGGUGAUUUCAGCGAUCCAAUCUACAAAGAGAUUUCUCUGACAAAUGGUUAUAUCAAUAGAAUGAAUAGAGAAGAGCUGAGAACUAAACUUGCUGAAUUCAGACUUGACACCAGAGGAGUAAAAGAUGUAUUAAAAAAGAGGCUGAAAAACUACUAUAAGAAAGAAAAAUUAAUGUACAAGCAACCUCCAAAUGCAGAAGACUACUACAAUUAUAUCUGUGUUAUUGACUUUGAAGCAACUUGUGAAGAAAAAAAUCAGCCAGAAUUUAUACAUGAAAUAAUCGAAUUUCCUAUCGUUUUACUAAAUACUCAGACGUUACAAAUAGAAGACACUUUCCAGCAAUAUGUGAAACCAGAGAUUAAUCCUCAACUCUCGGAUUUCUGCAUUAAUUUGACGGGAAUCUCUCAGGAACUGGUAGAGAAAGCUGAUGAAUUCCCAAAAGUGCUGCAACGUGUUGUAGACUGGAUGAAACAGAAGGAAUUAGGAAGCAAAUACAGCUAUUCCAUAUUAACAGAUGGGUCCUGGGAUAUGAGUAAAUUUUUAAAUAUCCAGUGUCGUAUUAGUCGUCUGAAGUAUCCUUCUUUUGCUAAGAAGUGGAUUAAUAUCCGCAAAUCCUAUGGAAACUUCUACAAGGUUCCUAGAUGCCAAACAAAGCUGUCAACCAUGUUGGAAAAACUUGGGAUGGACUAUGAUGGACGGCCUCACAGUGGGCUGGAUGAUUCCAAGAAUAUUGCACGAAUAGCCAUUCGAAUGCUUCAGGAUGGAUGUGAACUCCGUGUAAAUGAGAGGCUGCACGGUGGGCAUCUGCUAGCAGUCCCUUCCUCAACUCCAAUAGAGGGCGCUCCAAUCCCGCAGAUGCCCAGGUUUCGAUAAAUAUUAGGAAGCCAGUUACCCUGUCUUCAGGCCCAUAUUCUUGGUAUUCAAAAGCCAUUUCAGACAGCUGAGUUUUUUAAAGAAGGCUCUAUCCGCAGUUUAAUCCCUGGCAGAAAAACACAGGUCCCAGAGCAUCCACUGAAAGCCUCUCUUUUUAAUACUCUAUAAAUUAGUCACACUGAGUUUCAUUUUAGUUAUCCAAGCAAUCUAUGCACUUAUUAAAAUGGUUUUCUCUGAAGUAAAGUCAAGCAGAAGUGUUAACAUUUGAUCUGAAGAUUUUUAACGUCGUUGAAUACCAUGGGGAAUGCAUCUUUGCUGAUCUUUUUUUUUUACUGUUUAAUGUACCAGAAAGAUUUAUUUGAUUUCAUGUCACAGUGACCAAAUUGUUUCCUGGUAUGUGUUAGCUUAUCUGGGUUUGGUAAAUUCUUCACAAUGGGGAUUUGUUUUUUGUUUUACUUUGAUCUUCCUUACCCAGUUAAUAGAAAAUUUCAGUAGUAAUACUUUUUUGAUGUAUGUAUUGAUGUUCUAAUCUUGUUGAGAAACCUAUUGAGCCAAUAUUAGUUAUCUUUUAGCCUCAUUAAAUUCAGAUAGCAAUUUAAGCAUUUCAUUACAUUUCUGUUGAAAUAGUGGAGAUGUGUUUAACAGGAUAAUUGUGCUUUUUUCUUUCCAUUACAUAUACAAUAGCAUGACGUAACUUACUUUGACAUCCUUCCCCCAGCACUGCUAAAAGAAAAAACAGAGAAGCAAAUUAUUUCUGUAAUCAUUUAAGCUUUAGCAUGGACUCCAUGCCAGCAUUUCAUUCGUAUGAUCAAAGGGAAACAAAGCAGUUCCCCUAGAGAUUAUUAUGCCAACCUUUGCGUUGAUCUUUCAACUUAUUUUUGAAAGGUUUGCUUUAAUAAAUACAACUUAUGUUUUAAUGCUCUGAACCAUUAUAUAGCAUGGCACAUUUUAAUAUUUAUGCACAACUGUUAAAGAUUUCGAACUUCAAAUUAAUUUGUUAUAUUUUGCCACUUUUGUGGGAAUUCUGCUCAGAUUUGUAGUCCAGAAUAUUCUGAGGGAGAGGAUUACUGAUUCAGAUCAACUAGUGACCUCAGGUCUAAACAAGAUUUCAAGCCAAUUUUUUAUCUAUUAUACCUCAUAGUGGCUGUGUACAAUUUAUAGUUUGGCAUUGUAUGCAGCAUUGGUUUUCUCCUAAAAGCCCAUUUUGUAAAUAUUCUGCUUUCUUGUAAUCUGUCCAGAGUAAAAGUGAAUAAUGAUUUGAAAUUACACUUUCUCCUGCAGCCUGCAAUCUUAAUAUUCUUUUCUUCUUUUAACACUUUAAAUCAUGUGUGAAAUCAUUUCUACAUAUUUUGUUCAUGGAGUUGGGAUGGUUUUGAAAGACUAUGACUAGUUCACAACUUGUUCUAAAAAAAUAGGUUUGACUAUUUUAUCAAACAACGUCAGUCUACAUUGUUUAUGACAGAGGUGAAUCCAGGCUAUUGGGUGAAUCUAGUAAAACUAUAUCAAUUAGUAUGUUGUAUGGGCACAGUUUAAGAUUUUAUGCUAGGUCAACUUUUUUCCACUGCACAAUUAGUUAUUCAUCUUCUGGACACUUUAAAUAUCACCUUUUGGGAUACUAUAAAAGUUUAUACUCUUUUGAAUACAGUUUGUAUAUUUUUACUUUAAAACAAGGUUUCAAUCCACUGUAAUCAUUUGUAUUUCAAUUUAAUGUGUUAUAUCUGUAAUAAAGGUACUUUGUAAUGUC